AUGGCGUCCACCACCCUCUCCUCCGCCUUCACCCUCCUCUCCCGCCCCUCCACGUCCCCUCCCCCCACCGCCUCGCUCCCGAGGUCCUCCCUCGCCGUGCCCCAUAGCCGCCGGGGACGCCGCGCCGUCGCCGUCGCGUCCACCGCCACCGAGUCCCCCAAGAUCUUGGAGCUUGGUGACGUCAUCGCCGGGCUCACUCUCGAGGAGGCCCGCAGCCUUGUUGACCACCUCCAGGAGCGGCUCGGCGUCACCGCUGCGGCCUUCGCACCGGCCGCCGUCGUCGCGGCGCCUGGGGCGGGCGGCGCGGGGGCCGCCGAGGAGGAGGCCCCCGUCGAGAAGACGGAGUUCGACGUAGUAAUUGAGGAGGUGCCCAGCAGCGCGCGUAUCGCCACUAUCAAGGUGGUGCGCGCGCUCACCAGCCUCGCGCUCAAGGAGGCCAAGGACCUUAUCGAGGGUCUCCCCAAGAAGCUUAAGGAGGCCGUCAGCAAGGACGAGGCCGAAGAUGCCAAGAAACAGCUCGAGGAGGUCGGCGCCAAGAUAUCUAUCGUGUGA